UGUUUACUUCAGGGUGAAGGCGGGGUUACCGUUGGCUACGCCUGCAGUCAGCUGAGCGCGGGCCGCCACGGCUUCUUCCUUCGGGCCGGCUACCUCUGCAAGGCGCUUGAGGGGCGGUUUUUCAGAGCACUGAAAUAUGUCUGGGUUCCUUGAAAAUGUUAGAUGCUCCGAGUGUGUUGACUGGGGAGAAAAACGAAAUACAAUCGCUUCUAUCGCAGCUGGGGUGCUGUUUUUUACAGGUUGGUGGAUUAUAAUAGAUGCAGCUGUCAAAUACCCAGAUUCAAAACAGUUCAACCAUUCAUACCAUGCCUGUGGAGUUAUAGCUACAGUUGCAUUCCUAAUGAUCAAUGCCGUCUCCAAUGGUCAGGUGCGUGGGGACAGUUACAGUGAAGGAUGCCUUGGGCAAACAGGUGCUCGCAUCUGGCUGUUCAUCGGUUUUAUGUUGGCAUUUGGAUCCCUGAUUGCAUCAAUGUGGGUCCUCUUUGGAGGCUAUGUUAUUAAUGACAAACCAGAAAAACCACCAGUUUAUCCAGGAAUAGCAGUCUUCUUUCAAAAUGCUUUUAUUUUCUUUGGCGGUCUGGUGUUUAAAUUUGGACGCACUGAAGAUUUGUGGCAAUAAGUGACGCAGAGCGUCUCACCUGCUAUUUUUAAUCACCCAUUUUGUAAUACUAGUGCUCUGCUAUCAGCGAAGAAGAAAACUCUACAUUUUAAAAUCAUGAUACACAUUUCCAUUUUUGUUCCCUUCCACUUGAGAUUUUUCUACUGUUGGCUUUUUGACAUUAAAAAUUGUAGCCUGUGAGUAAGGUGAGAUGGAAGAGGGACACUUAACUGUCCUCUUACUGAAUGUUUUUGUUAUACCUUAAUAUUGAUGUGGGGUUUUUUUUUACCAUUCCUUUAUUUGGGGUGGGUAUAAGUGCUAUUUCUUUUUUAAUGUGAAAAUACAGGACUGACUGUAUGUGGAAUGCUUGUAAAUGAAGGUUAUUACUUCUGUGCAUAAAAAUGUAAUA